AUGGCCAACAAUCCGGAGAUGGUCCUCAAGGUGAUUGACCUGUCCAAGUGCUCGGCAACCAGCAUGAUUACCAAGGCCUUUCUGGACUGUCUCCACCCGUCUGAUCUGGAAGGCAAGUUUAUUAGUGGCGCCCUGGCCAUGAAGGACAAGGACGAAAUCAAUGAUGUAGACGACCUCAUGGCAGUGGUUGUCUACGCACAACUUGCGUGGCUUUACCAGCGCAGCGGCGGCGCUGAAGCCCUGGCUGAUCUCCGCAAGCUUGUGAAAGUGCUCGGAGAUGCAGGGGCUGAGGCGGAGGCUGAAGGGGAUACUUUUCUUUUCAACGAGCUGAGCCUGUUCCGCUGCAUCAUUGAGCUCGAGACGCAGGACUCGCCGGCGAGUAUGGUGUCCACGGUUGAAGCUCUUCUGGACCUUGCGCUGAAGUACGGAACUUCUCUCAGUUUUGCUGCUGCUGCAUCUGGGCUCAUGCGCUUGUUCGACGCCGACAUGGGCGGCGCCAUCGAUGAGAUCGUGCUGGCUCCCCGCACCAACGGACGUGGCUCGAAGUUUACUCUGAAGCUCGCCCACUUUCUCGCUGUCGAGUCCAGUGCCUGCUAUGCCCCCCCUUCAGCUGCUGGCACCAUGUUCCUUGCACAUGACGCGCUCUUUCGGAUCGCAAAGAACUACGCGCGAGUUUGGUCUGCGCCGCCACCGGCGGUACUCUGCGUGACGUUGAUGCAAUGUGGAGUUGCUGCGUUCCAGACGUGCAUGCGGUUCAUGACACCAGAAUUGGUGCCCCGCGCGCCAGUCUUGGAGAGCGCAUCGUCGAUGGUAGCGGCUUUGACGGCGCAGCUCGAUGUGUUCCUGCUCAACAUGUGCCACAACUCGACCCAGAUGCUGACCUCUGUGCCUGACCCCAAGGUGUAUGUGCUGGCCUGUAAGAUCAUCAACACUGGCUGUGGUAUUCUGAAAGAGAGAAUGUGCUCUCCGGCCGCUCGGCUCCAGUUCGCUGCCGCAGCAAUGGCCGUGUCUUCGCUCGAGUCGAUGAUCGGUGGUGACCAUCUCGGCGAGCACGAGCCGGAGACGUGGCUGAAGCGUGCGGCAUGCGUCGUCAGAAACGUUGAUGUCGCCAGCGCUGACCUUGCCCAGUUUGAUGUCGUGGCCACCGCCGGCAUGGGCGAGUACUUUGCUUCUCUUGAACCGGCAUGCCUGCUUGCCACGGUCGAGGAACUGUUGGCUCGCGACGCCUCGCCGUUUGUCGCUUUUCUCACUGGCCUUCGACCCGAUACUCUUGGCGAGUCUGCGAGCCGGUUGAGCGACGACGACGGCAGCGCCAUUGCGCAUUCCAUGAUGGCCAAGGCCGUUGCAUCUGCUGCAGACAACGCUUCGCUCUCGAAAUGGGAUCGUCUUCGCAUCUCUGUCGCGGCUGCCAUGGUUGCUGCCUACAACGACGACUGCGAACGCGCCCAUGAGCUUCUUCCCGAGCUGGAUGUGGUCGCCACUGUCCGCGCUGGCCAGCCAGGCAUUGUGCGGAUGUGGCUGGUGGCGGCCGCCUUUCUCCGCGACUAUGUCAUUCCGGUCUCGUCGCGCCAAGUUGCCAACGCGCUCGAGGCUCUGACUGCGCUCGAGGCCGCGGCGAUGAGCGACUGGAUGGAAGCUGUGGCCAACAACGAGACCCACGUCUGCCCGGAUCAUACCUCGGGCUACGGGUUGCGGCUCCAUUUUCGCCCGCUACGCCAACUCGACGCCCCGUGGCGCGCCUCGCAACUUCUUAUGGCUGAUCGUGAGGCUGCGCGGCAGACGGCGGUGAGCCAGCGCGGCCGCAUGGCAUUUUUGCGCAAGGUCGACGUCGGCCGCAUGAGCAAGUCCGCAGGCUCGGGUAUUGUAGUCCAGUUUGGUGUCUUGGGCCCUUCGACAGUACCCGAGAUGCAGCACUUUGCCGAGGACGUGCUGCUUGCUGCAGUCUGGGCUGGUUCUGGAGAGCCGUGUCUGGCACGGGCCGAGAUCGAGCCGGAGGCUCGUCAAGCCGAGCUCGGUGUCUUUUUGGAAGAAGUGUGGCAGCUGGUGGCUGACGUGGGUGGGACGAGCAGGUCGCGGGUUGUCCUGGUGCCGGAUGGCUGGCUCGGCGAACACCCGCUCCACGCCGUACCCACCGAGUCGGGUCGGCUCAUCGAUCGUGUAGCGUCAGUAUUCUACGCGACCACGCCGCAGCUCGAUAUCAAGAAGGGCAAGCGCAAGACGCCGCUAGUGACGCCGGCAUUGGUCGCAGGCGAGGCGGACGAGACGGUUCUCGGCACGCUACUGGCAGUGGCAAGCAUGUAUGGUGGGAGUGUGGCCGAGCUCGGCAAGCCUCCCUUGCUGGAACCGUCCGAGUCGAAACAAACCAUAACUGGUGUCAUCCAGCUCAACCUCGAGGACAUCAGUGGUCAGAGGCCGGAGCCAACAGUGGUGCUGCCGUGUGACGGUCCCCAGGGCGCGACCGAGAUGAAGCUCUUCCCCGAGCUCAUCAGCGGUCUGACCAAGAACAGGACUGCGCAGCUUGCCGCACUGGUCUCGCGACACGGGUUUGGCCUCACAAGAGUGAUGGAGAGGCCGUGCGUGGUGCGGGCACUCUUGUCUAAAGCCGCCCGUGUGGUGAUCGCGCCGCUCGGCGACGUGGCGUUGGCGUCGCAAGCCGCAGUCCUUGCGCAGUUGUUCGUGUUCCUCGCGAGCGAGCCGCUGCCCAGGAAGAACACUGGCCGGAGGAGCGAGUGA